AAUUUGGCUGUUUUAGAUGGUCCCACGCAACGUGUGCCAAAAUUAGAAGCAGAUUCACCAAAUUGGUCUCAAUGUAAUGGAAGUCAAAGAAGCUAGUGAGUAAAGUAUAAAGAUCGAAUCUGUUCGUCUUCUCAAAUCUUGAAGGUGAACAAAGUGAAGGAAGACAAGGAAGAAUGGGGUCGAUAGCGAAAAAGGGUCUCCAACAGUACUUGCUACAGCUUCAGCAACACCCUUUACGAACAAAGGCAAUAACGGCGGGAGUGUUGUCGGCGAUCAGUGAUUUAGUGGCUCAGAAGAUCACUGGCAUUCAGAAGCUUCAAGUUAGACGCCUUCUUCUCAAAGUGCUUUUUGGUGUUGCCUAUCUUGGACCAUUUGGGCAUUUUCUUCACUUAUUACUGGACAAACUUUUCAAGGGGAAGAAAGACAAGAGUACAGUUGCCAAAAAGGUGUUGCUGGAACAAAUUACUGUGUCACCCUGGAAUAACUUGCUUUUCAUGGUUUACUAUGGAAUGGUUAUUGAAAAAAGACCCUGGAUCCAGGUGAAAUCUAAUAUCAAGAGAGAAUAUCCAAAAGUGCAGUAUACGGCGUGGGCGUUUUGGCCAGUUGUUGGGUGGGUAAAUCACUUGUAUGUUCCUCUGCAAUUAAGAGUAGUCUUUCACAGCAUUAUUGCAUGUUGCUGGGGAAUAUUUUUGAAUCUACGUGCAAGGUCGAUGGUCUUGAAAAAGGCUUGAAAUCCUCCAAGUUGAUAUAUGAACAUGGAAACAUCUCCUUGUGUUAGUUGAAUUGAAAAUGGUAGCUUGGAAUUGCUUAUUCUGUUUUGAUUUUCAUGUUUUCGCUGAUUCCUUCAGAACCAAGACAAAGUUCAUUUAGCGAUAAAUUGGUUGUUGUCCCUUUUCAUUGGGCAAGUGCAUAGGCAGAAUGUUGCACCCAUGGUAAUGUGAAAAGUUGUCUGUUAGGAAAAAAAAACAAUGCUUUUCAAAUGUGACUUAAAAAAACAAGAUUGUGGCAAGUGAUGACAGUGAAUUAUGUUUCACAAUUCAACAUUGUUAAUGUGGCCAUAUUACUUUGGCAUUUGGCCAAAUUGAAACUGA